AUGGAGGAGCAGGAAAACAACUUUGUGCUUUCCCUCGGAGCCAACACCAACAAGUGCAGCCUUGAGACCAACCCAACAGAGGUCCCAACAUGCUGGGCAGGAGCAACCAGGGGUGGCCCAGAGGUGGUGAUUGUACCAGUGCUUUUUGGGCUGAUCUUUCUCCUGGGAAUGGUGGGAAACACGUUAGUGUUGGUUGUUCUGGGGCGCCUCCGGCCUGGGGGACGCCCAUCGCGCAGUGCCACCAACAUCUUCAUCCUGAACUUAAGCAUUGCUGACUUCUCCUUUCUGCUCUUCUGCGUUCCCUUCCAGGCCACCAUCUACUCCCUGCCAGAGUGGAUCUUCGGUGCCUUCUUUUGCAAGUGGGUUCACUACUUGGCCAUGGCAACGAUGCUGGUCAGCAUCUUCACCCUGGUGGCCAUGUCAGUGGACAGGUACAUCGCCGUGGUCCAUGCCAAGCGCUCGCCCUGCAUCCGCAGCAAGCGCAACGCCGCCCUGGGCGUGGCUGUCAUCUGGCUGCUGUCUCUGCUCAUCGCCAUCCCCGUGGCCCAGCACCAGGCCCUCAUGAGUGGCCAUCAGCAGGCACCCAACAGCUCUUUCUGCUGGGAGCACUGGGCAAACGGCUCCACAGCCAAGCAGAUGUACAAGAUUACCAUCCUGCUGGUGGGAUACCUCCUGCCCCUGCUGCUCAUCACCUGCUGCUAUGCCAAGGUUUUAUACCAUCUCCAUACGAAAGUAAAGAACAUUUCCAAGAAGUCAGAGAGAUCAAAGAAGAAGACGGCGCAGACAGUGCUUCUCGUGGUUGCUGUGUUCCUGCUCUCCUGGCUGCCACACCACAUCAUCACCAUGUGGGCAGAGUUUGGGCACUUUCCCCUGAACAACAUCUCCUUCACCUUCCGCAUCAUCUCCCACUGCUUGGCCUACGGGAACUCCUGCAUCAACCCCAUCCUCUACGCUUUCCUCUCGGAGAAUUUCCGCAAGGCCUGCCGGCAAGUCUUCACCUGCAAGCUCUUCCUGCGGCCGCUUUCUGCCGAGAAGCUGGCCAGAGUGCGCAUGGAGAACUUCUCUACUACACAUUCCACCACAAACAUGUAAGCUGGGCUCACAAAAACAUGUUUCAGAAGGAAGAGGAGGGAAGAGGGUUCUGCCUGGAGAGAACAUGCAUACACGUGUGUUCCAGGGAGCAGUGGAGCCUGCAGAGGUGUGGACUUGCCAGGUUACUGGAGUGGUAGGAGACAUACUUCCCUCUUGCUAUGAUGAUGUGUGGCAGAGCCUGUCCUAGGGUACCUUGCUAGUCACUGGGCUACGUGCAACAGAAUUAUCUGAAUGUCCAUAAGAUAGAGCCCAAAUGGAGUUGUAGUUAUGACCAUGGGGUCUAAAAUAAGAUUUACACAGAAGGUAGAAUAUGUACAGAUAAGAAGACAGUAGUAAUUAUGUCUAUAGACAGUCAUUGAGAUGUGAACAAUGAGUGAUGCAACAUUCAGAGAGCAGUUUGGGGGAAGUCAAACUAAAGUCUGUGGAUGCCUUUGUUUCUUCAACUAAUUUAACCAUGUGUGAGCUGCAUAUACAUUUAUCUCACUACCAGCGGUAGGGUCUCUAAAUCUCCUUGAAGACUUUGCCGUAGCAUUUACCUAUUGAGCAAUUACACCUUUCACAUCAUGUGUCAGUGGUGUGGCUGUCUGCAUUUGGUGGCUUUGUAUCAGCUUAUACAUCCCAGGGUCUGAGUGCCUGUGUGCUCCUGUGUGUAAUUACUGCUGUUAAUCACUGGCUCCAGCAACUGUUGCUUGGUGAGCAACAA